AGGGCCCUCCUCGCUGCAGCUGCUCCUCUUUACGCUGGCGAAUCACACACCCGCUGGAGUCUCCUGCCUUUUGUCCCACAGCUCAUCCAUAUAAGCAAAGCAAGGAAGCCGCAGCUCCGUACACACACCUACACCCACAGCCCAGGCCCGGGGCUGCUCUCCGGCCAGCCCGCGCGCAGCGCCUCUCCAAACGGCAACGGGGAACGUCCACCUGCGCCUCCUCCACGCACCGGCCGCUGACCGCGGCUACCGACCAAGGCCACCGGGGAUUUAGGACACACCGAUGGCACGAGCGACCGGCAUUUUUUAAUACAAGCAUUUUUUUAUUUAUAAACAUUGACGACCACCAGCUCCGGUCAUGGUCGACACCUGAGCGAGCGCAGGGUCGACUGCAGGCUUUUGUUGUUGUUUUGUUUGUUUGUUGUCUUUUCCUCCCACGUGAGGGAACUCGCUGAAGUUUGCCCGCGGUGUCCGGUCGGAGCUCGGAGGGAGCCGCGCUCUGCCGCCGCCACUUCGCUCUCGUUUCUCUGCUACUAUUAUUAUUAUUAUUAUUAUUAUUAUUAUUGUUGUCAUUAUUUUUCUCCGUAAUUAUCCACACAAAGAAAGCGAGACGGCGGCUUCAGCUGAUUACCUGUCCCUGCUCUGCUGCCCCAUGGACAUCCACUGCAAAGCAGACCCCUUCUCCGCCAUGCACAUUGUGUCCCCUGUAGGGCAAGGCGGAGUGAACCAGCUAGGUGGGGUGUUCGUGAACGGCAGACCGCUACCUGACGUCGUGCGCCAGAGGAUAGUAGAGCUGGCCCACCAGGGGGUCAGACCCUGUGACAUAUCGCGACAACUGCGGGUCAGCCACGGCUGCGUGAGCAAGAUCCUGGGCAGGUACUAUGAGACGGGCAGUAUAAAGCCUGGAGUAAUCGGAGGCUCCAAGCCAAAGGUCGCUACACCCAAAGUGGUGGAUAAGAUCGCGGACUAUAAGAGACAGAACCCCACCAUGUUCGCCUGGGAGAUCCGGGACAGGCUGCUGGCGGAGGGCAUCUGCGACAACGACACCGUCCCCAGCGUCUCCUCCAUAAACAGGAUCAUUCGGACUAAAGUUCAGCAGCAGUACCACCCUUCACCUGACGGAACAUCCCUCUCGACGCCAGGACACACUAUAGUGCCCAGUACGGCAUCCCCUCCAGUCUCAAGUGGAUCCGGCGAUCCUGUAGGCUCCUACUCCAUCAACGGCAUCCUGGGCAUCCCUCGCUCCAACGGAGAGAAGAGGAAAAGAGAUGACGACGGCUCAGAAGGUUCAGGUCAGAACAGUGACUCGCAGGGCAGCGUGGAGAGCCUGAGGAAACACCUUCGAGCUGACGCCUUCACCCAACAACAGCUGGAGGCCCUGGACCGAGUGUUCGAGCGACCAGCCUACCCUGACGUCUUCCCCACCUCAGAGCACAUCAAGCCUGAACAGGCUAGUGAGUACGCCCUCCCUGCACUGAACGCAGGACUCGACGAGGUCAAGCCGAGCCUGUCGUCCAGCAGCUCGUCGGACCUGGGCCCCAGCGUGUCACAAAACUACCCUGUAGGUAGAGAUAUGGCCAACACAACCCUACCUGGCUAUCCACCUCAUGUGCCCCCUACAGGGCAGGGCAGCUACCCGACAUCCACCUUGGCUGGAAUGGUUCCUGGGAGCGAAUUUUCAGGGAAUCCCUACAGUCACCCGCAAUACACAACAUACAACGAGGCAUGGCGCUUCAGCAACCCAGCCUUACUAAGUUCCCCUUAUUAUUAUAGUGCAUCCCGAGCCUCUGCCCCACCAGCUGCUGCCGCUGCCUAUGACCGCCACUAGUUACCACGGAAACCAAACCAGACACCACACCCACAGCCUCGGACUUCAUGUUGUGCCAGUGUGAGCGGAGCAGUUGAUUGGACGCAGGCCACCUUCCGUACGUCACAUGAUGAAGAGCGAGCCAACCAGGACGCCAGACGGCUAACCCACAUUCAGCCAUUCAAAUCCAAGAGGCCAACUGUUACAGUGGGUGCACACAUCUCAAAGACUUGACUAAUAAAUCUUAUGAGUAUUAAUACGAAAAGGGAGGACGGCGCAGGAGGCAACUUUUUUUUUUUUCUUCAGUUUUUAUACUUCUGUCAUUGUGGAAGAAAACAUUCCUUUUCCAUGACUGUUGCAUGGCAGUUUGUUCUUUUCCUGCUUCUCUCUCCCUCUCUCUCUCUCUCUUUAUCACACACUCUCUCCCAAAACUGUGCAAUGCAGCGUAAUUUAUCUGGACUUCCAGCUAGCAUGUAAACUGCUUCUUCAUCAUUACAAGCCAUGGAAAGAUUACUAGCACACCCCCUCUGUGAAAAACAAUCAGUCAUGUAAUGUGAAGAGAGAGGAGACAGAAAAAAGAUUUAUCCAGACAGACCGACUCCAGCUCCCCUCUGACCGAGCUGGAGAAUUACUGAAUAUAUAUAGAUACAUAUCUUAAAUUAAUUUUUUUUUGCAUUUCUUUUUUAUAAAGUCAAAUGACAAUGCAGUACACGUGAUUUAUUUUCUUAUGUUUUUUGGCUACAUUUUCUAAGGUCAAACAAGGCAUUAUAUCACUUUCAUCUUACUUUUUGCACUACAGAUCAUUCAAGCUUCAGACAUACUAUACACCAACACUGACGAGUCCACCCAGCACCCAAUAUUUGUGAAUACGAUGAGGUUUGAAGGGAUCUAGUCAACAUUCACUGAGCUGGUAGCGAAUUAAUGUGACUAAAGGCCAGUAACCCCACAUUAUACAUCAGUAUGAACUCCCUGUGUGCUUGGCUGCCAGGGCUUUGAGUGCUAAUUUAAGCAUUUGUGCAUAAUCUAUCACUCAAUCUAUCGUCAUUACCGCCACGAGCUCCUACGUACUGUACUUCUGAGUGGCCACUGUUUAAAAGGAGCAUUAAUGGGGGGGUAUAUCACUCUCUACCGAUCCUACAUGGCAUCUAAUGCUCCUAAUGUGUUUACAGAACAUUUCUACUCCUGACAUUUUUCAAACUAUAUCUUUGAAAUGACAAUACGGCUUGUGCACUACUGUAUUCUUUAGAAGCUAAACACUGGCUUGAUGCUUAUCUUACAGUUCCUGAGCAGAAGGAAAGCCCUGCUAUUUAGUAUGACCCAACAUAAUCAAAGGCAAAAGUGCUUUAAGUGCAAUUUAUUUUUAUUUACAGCCCAUCCAACACAACCCCAGACAUAGAAGCUAAAGUACAUACAAAAGCGAGGAUUUCAAAUAUCUGACGAGGAAUAAAACAGGCGGUACUUUUAUCACACUUGCCAAAGAUUUUUUUGUUUGCUGUUUUAUUUACAGUCUAUUUUAUUGUGAUGACAGUAUUAUGGUAAAGUGUUUUUUUUUCCUUUUCUUUUUUAUGUACACCUAUGCAGAGUUAAACAAAGCUGUCAUAUGCAUAUAAAACUACUGAAAGAUUGUUAGUUUUUCUUUUCAUUAUUUAUGUUAUUUUUUGCUAUUUUGUGAAAGGUUGUUGCUUUAUGAAAUGAUCGUGUGAAUACAUUUUCCCCCUCUGUAAAUAUAUUCAUGUAUAAAAAUGAACAAUAAUCACUCCUCUACCAUCUCAUCUGUCAGUUUGGUGGUAACAUAUGGAGGAGUAACAUUAAAACAAGACAACUGGCCUGUUGAACUGAGUCCCAAAACAGGAUGAUGAUAAUUCGGCUUUGCCUGAUAACGUACGGUUUUAAUCCAUUCUCACAUCUACUGCUUGGAAGCCGCUAUGCACAUUUAAGGUGAACGUUUUCUAAAAGUAUAUAUAGAAAAUCAAAACCAUUCCCACCUAAAGUAUAUAAACCAUUUUUAAACAUUUGCUUUCUAAACUUUUCAGGUUUUUUUUUUUUUUUUUGAGUACUCCUUGCAGGUCAGAACGAGUCUGAGCGCUAGGACGGACGGCCGUAUGCCGACCCUUUUGAAAUGACCACUGACUGAAACCGGAAAAUAAAUUUACCGCUUAAAAUAAAACCACUGAAGGACCUAACCGCUAGUCAACAACCUUUUCCUUCGCUUUGAAAUAAACGUGUCAUGUGGGUUUCUCUUGGGAUCCGACAACUCAACCAACUUUCGACGCUCCUGAACAAAUCCUACAGUCAACGUUUUUCCAAUAACUUAUUAUGAAAGGCAUAACUGGCACUUCAGACUGUAAAGGAAGACUGUGGGCUAAGGGAUGUCUUGAUUGUGAAGAGAUGUUUUCAGUUCAUGACAAAGCUGUAUGACUCCAAUCAUUGUUUAAAUAUGAGUCUGAAUUUUUGUGCUCAUGAGAAAUAAAUUUUAUAUGUCAAAUCGGAA